GACGGCCUCUCAGCGCUGCUUGAGAAGACGCAGAGCCAUCAAGAGAAUUCCAGGUCGGCUUGGGCUAAGGAGCGAGACCCAGAACAAACCCCAAGUCGGAAGCCUGGAGCUUGAAUCUAUUUUAUGAAACCCAUCAGACUCCCAACGGUGACCGUUCUGAGCACCUUUACUCUAAAUCAGCGUCGUUACAUAGUAACCAAGUAUAAUAAGAUUGACAGUUGUGUUUUAAAACAGGAAUAGUUCAAAACCGUGACUUAGCAGAGAUCCUUCUGGUGAAUUAUUAACUUAUGAAAGGCUCAGUUCAGAAUGGGAACUGACAAAUUGUUGGGUGAGGCUUGGCGAGGUUUCCUUUCACUUCCUUUAUAACAAAAACAGGUUUUGGGGUGGGGUGUGGUGGCCAGAGGAGAAGGGAAGAAUAAAGUGAGAUAAGGGGGAGCCUUGGCUGCCAUCUUCCCUGGUGCGCUGACCCUGCUCUACGUGGGGGAUUCUUCCUAGAAAAGGCUUGGGUGGGUGGUGUGAAAGCACACACUGAGCACUACCAACAGCGACAGGAAACUAGGUGCAGCCUCCAGACCCAAACAAAGCCAGGGAGGACCAGGGUCAGGGUUCAGGCAGCAACCCCUCCUAAGAGAUACAGGGGGUAGGGGGGGCGUAGUCUUAGGCCGCUGCGUCCGGAGCUGCGCCAACGUCUGCUAGCUGGCCCUGGCCGGUGGCCCGUGGGGGUUGGGAAGGGUAGGUUGGGGGUGGGGCGGGUGGGAGUUGGAGCCCUCCCCGGCUCUGGGAUUUUUUUCCGGCUCAGUCGGUGCCUCCCUCCUUCCUGAUUGGCUCUGGAGCGAGGCCAGGAGCCUGCGCCCUGCUUCUCCAGGAGACACUCGAGACCACGGCCCUUUCUCCUCUACUCGCAAAGAUGACGCUGGCCAUCCUGGCCCUGCGACUGGUGGUCUGCACCCUGUCGUUCCCCCUGUUUCUGCUGAACCUUAUAGGCGUGUGGAGCUGGGUAUGCAAAAGGUGCUUUCCCUACUUCCUGAAGCGGUUCACGGUGAUGUACAACGAGCAGAUGGCUACCCGAAAGCGGGAGCUCUUCAGCAACCUGCAGGAGUUCGCGGGCCCCUCGGGGAAGCUGUCGCUGCUGGAGGUGGGCUGCGGCACCGGCGCCAACUUCAAGUUCUAUCCCCCCGGAUGCAGGGUCACUUGCAUCGACCCCAACCCCAACUUCGAGAAGUUCUUGUUCAAGAGUGUCGCAGAGAACCGGCACCUGCAGUUCGAGCGCUUCUUGGUGGCCGUUGGGGAGGACAUGCACCAGGUGGCCGAUGGCUCUGUGGACGUGGUGGUCUGCACCCUGGUGCUGUGCUCGGUGAAGAGCCAAGAGAAGAUCCUGCGCGAGGUGUGCCGAGUGCUGAGGCCGGUGAGUGACAGGGAGGGGCCUUUUACUUCAUGGAGCAUGUGGCGGAUGAACGGUCCACCUGGAAUUACUUCUGGCAGCAGGUCCUGGAUCCUGUCUGGUUCCUUGUUUUCGAUGGAUGCAAUCUUACAAGAGAGAGCUGGAAGACCCUCGAGCAGGCCAGCUUCUCCAAGCUGAAGCUGCAGCACAUCCAGGCACCACUCUCCUGGGCUUUGGUGCGGCCCCACAUCUAUGGCUAUGCUGUGAAAUAGCGCGUGUGAGGUGGCGGGAGAGAGCCGCUCUGCUCCGCCGGUUUGAGGCUUCCGUUUUAGAUGUAAAACUGGGAGAGGUGAAAAUCAGGUUCAUCCCUACAGGUUUUGGUUUAGCCCUUUUCUAUACUGUCUCCCACCGAAUCAAAACUGAAUCAAAGCAGCUUUGAACUCUCCCUCCAAAGGAACCAAAGGUCUUCCCCAUAAACCUUUCGUAAGGAAGCUGUGGGGGAAACUUAUAGCUUGCAAACAGAAUAAAUAAAUCCCGGUGGAGUGAAAAAUCCACUCACAUAGGAGCACCCUUUACUUCCCCCAUCCCAGUAAAAAGGAAUUGGAACCCACUUGCUAUCCUGUUGCUCCUGGUCUGCUUUCGCUGCCGCCUGUGCUCUGGCCAGCGGCUCAGGGUUUCGCCACUGCCUGCUGCACUGUCCCGCCUUCCACAGCAUUUAUAAGUGCACCGGACACACCAGCACCAUCACAGAACUGUUCAAGAUGGUUGGGAAGUCCCCAUUUAAUUUCCCCUUCUUAUCUAGCACAUACUUUGCUGGAUAUAACUACCAUAGUAAAAAGCCACUACAGUUAGGGAAAUGGGUAUAAUGUGGGGGACCCUAAAAGUAACUCAUGAGAAUAGUUAGCAAGGACUGGGGAGGAUUCUGAUCAAGUUUCACUGGUCCUGAGUGGGUGUGGUGGCACAGCCUUGAUCCCAGCACUCUGGAGGCAGAGGCAGAGGAGGAAGGUAGAUCCGAGUGUAGCCUGACCUACAGAUCGAGUUCCAGGACAGCCAGGGCUACACAAAGAAACCCUGUAUCAAAGGAAAAAAUUCCACCGGUCCUGAAACGAAUCCAUGGAUAUCAGUGUGUUCACACAGAGAGCGAGUCUGGGUGGGCCCAAGGGUUUCAGCUGCUUUUGUAUGUAUCUAAACAAAUGUAUAUUUCCUGAGAUGAUUUUGCAGAAGUUCUAUUUUAAAUAUUAACAAAUUCAUAUUCGUGUAAUAAAUAAAAAUAAAUGUUUUCUAUA